AACGGUUACCCGGGCAACCGGAGACAGAGCGAGAUCCUGAGAGAGAGAGAGAGAGAGAGAGGGAAUGAGACAGACGGAUGGAGAGAGGGAGAGAGGGAGAACACAACACAGCUAGAGAGAGAGAGAGGGUGAACAACCAGAGGGAGGGAUCCCAGAGUGAGGGGGGUGAUCCCAGAGUGAUCCCGGAGUGAGGGGGGUGAUCCCAGAGUGAUCCCGGAGUGAUCCCGGAGUGAUCCCGGAGUGAGGGGGUGAUCCCGGAGUGAUCCCGGAGUGAGGGGGUGAUCCCGGAGUGAGGGGGUGAUCCCGGAGUGAGGGGGUGAUCCCGGAGUGAUCCCGGAGUGAGGGGGUGAUCCCGGAGUGAGGGGGUGAUCCCGGAGUGAUCCCGGAGUGAGGGGGUGAUCCCGGAGUGAUCCCGGAGUGAGGGGGUGAUCCCGGAGUGAGAGGGUGAGGUGGCUGCCUGAGGUCCCAUGGAUUUUCUCCAGUCUCUUGGACACCCGGAGGAGCUGCUGAACCUCAUCAAAUACAAACUGGGGCCAGGGGCCCGUUCCCGGAACCUGGAGGAUUCGAUGAGUGAAACCCUAAGAAAGUGCUACAUUUAUCUGAACCAGACCAGCCGCAGCUUUGCUGCUGUCAUUCAAGCCCUGGAUGGAGAUCUCCGUCAAGCAGUGUGCAUCUUUUACCUGGUGUUGCGGGCUCUGGACACGGUGGAAGAUGACAUGUCCAUCCCACUGGAGGUGAAGAUCCCGAUGUUACAGAACUUCCACACUUAUUUAUACCAGCCUGAGUGGAGGUACAGCCAGAGUCAGGAGAAGGACCGUCAGGUGCUGGAGGAUUUCCCAUCGAUAUCCUUGGAAUUCCGCUUACUGGCUAAGGUUUACCAGGAUGUGAUUGCAAAUAUCUGCCACAAGAUGGGAGCUGGCAUGGCCGAGUUUUUGGGUAAAAAGGUUGGAUCCAUCAAGGACUGGGACAUGUACUGUCACUAUGUGGCGGGACUUGUGGGAAUCGGCUUGUCCCGUCUGUUCUCGGCCUCUGAGCUUGAGGAUCCAGUUGUUGGGAAGGACACUGAGCUGGCCAACUCCAUGGGGCUCUUCCUGCAGAAAACCAACAUCAUUCGGGAUUACCUGGAGGACCAGCAGGAAGGUCGGGAGUUCUGGCCACAGGAGGUGUGGAGUAAGUAUGCAGAGAAGCUGUCUGACUUUACCAAACCCCCGAACAUUCAGGCAGCACUGCAGUGCUUGAACGAGCUGAUUACGAAUGCUCUGCAACAUGUCCCAGAUGUCAUCAAGUAUUUAUCCAGGCUUCACAAUCAGAGCGUCUUCAACUUCUGUGCUAUUCCACAGGUGAUGGCGAUAGCCACUCUGGCUGCGUGUUAUAACAACCCACAGGUUUUCCGUGGUGUGGUAAAGAUCCGGAAAGGCCAGGCUGUCACCCUGAUGCUGGAGGCAACUAACAUGGAAGCUGUGAAAGGGAUGAUUCGACAGUAUACCCACAUGAUUGGACAGAAAGUUCCAGGUGCGGGGAGUUCUGGAGCCAGAACACAGCAGAUUGUGGUAAAAGUGGAGUCCCUGAGCCAGAGUGAUGGGGAGCUGAUGUCUCGUGGUCACCUUUCACCUAUUUACCUGUCCUUAGCUGUGUUCUUGGCUGCAGUUAGUUGGCAAUACUGGCAGACCCUGACUCACACCUCAGAGGAGUAUGUGCAUGGGCACUGAGCAGCUUUUCCUCGGUUUUAAUCUCUUGCUAAUUUUUAUUCUACAAUGAGAAGAGGAACAGGAGAGUUUUCUGACUUGUUACUCACUCCAGGAGAAAGCUUGGCUGUGAGGCUGAAGAGAGGUAUUCAUUCUCAGUAGGUUCAUGCAGUAAAGCUUCACUUCUAGGCUGCAAGUGGGCAGCACCAGCCCAUACCCCACCAGGUGCUAGGGCCAGGCACACAGUUCAAAUGAGCACAUUGGUAGAGGGAGAACAUAAAGGAUUCUUCAACUGCCACCAAGCCUCUGAAGGGACGAGUUUACACACUCAGUUGGUGCACACUGAUGCAUGCCUAGCCCUCAGCCAUUUAAUUGGAGGCUCAAAACCGAUCCUGGGAGUGUUUGAUGGUGAUAUUGGAGAAGGAGCUUUACUCUGUAUCUAACCCGUGCUGCCCCUGUCCUGGGAGUGGUUGGUGGAGACAGUUUGGAGGGAGCUUUACUCUGUAUCUAAACCUAUGGUGCACCUGGCCUCGGAGUGUUUGAUGGGGACAGUGUAGAGGAAGCUUUACUUUCAGUUGAGUAGAGUAGAAUGAGCUUUACUCUGUAUCUAACCCCAUGCUGUACGUGUCCUGGGAGGGUCAGAGUUGGUGUCUCUGCUCCCCCCACAAUGUGAAAGUCGUUGUUGUGUGGGACCAUGCAUAACCUCUCGCUCCACUGUCCAAGUGUCACCUCUUCACUCACCCCACCCCACCCGUUGGGGUUUGUGAGGGGCCCCAACACGUGACCAAGGAAAGCUACCAUUUCUGGUGUUGGUCCUUUGUCAUUCCCUUGUUAUCAUCAGAUUGUUUGUUGAUAAUUCAAUAAAUGAAUACAAAUGUC